AUGCACCCGGGGCCGCCGUGCGCCUGGCCGCCCCGCGCCGCGCUCCGCCUGUGGCUGGGCUGCGUCUGCUUCGCGCUGGUGCAGGCGGAUAGCCCCUCAGCCCCAGUGAAUGUCACCGUCAGACAUCUCAAAGCCAAUUCUGCAGUUGUCAGCUGGGACGUCCUGGAAGAUGAGGUUGUCAUCGGGUUUGCCAUCUCUCAGCAGAAGAAAGACGUGAGGAUGCUGCGCUUCAUCCAGGAAGUGAACACCACCACUCGCUCCUGUGCCCUUUGGGACCUAGAGGAAGAUACCGAGUACAUCGUGCAUGUGCAGGCCAUCUCCAUCCAGGGCCAGAGCCCGGCUAGUGAGCCUGUGCUCUUCAAGACUCCAAGAGAGGCUGAGAAGAUGGCCUCCAAGAACAAAGAUGAGGUGACCAUGAAAGAGAUGGGGAGGAACCAACAGCUGAGGACAGGCGAGGUGCUGAUCAUCGUCGUGGUCCUGUUCAUGUGGGCAGGUGUCAUUGCCCUCUUCUGCCGCCAGUAUGAUAUUAUUAAGGACAACGAACCAAAUAACAACAAAGAAAAAACCAAGAGUGCGUCAGAAACCAGCACACCAGAGCACCAGGGCGGGGGUCUCCUCCGCAGCAAGUUUCCAAACAAGUCCUCAGUGAACAUCAUCGAAGCAUGACUGCCUGUCUGCAGGGAGAAGGAUUUCAUUUUUCUUCUCUGCUGGUCCCUGGGUCCUGGGCACAGAGAGAGAACUGACCGCAGCAAGGGAGGAGGCACAGUUCUUCCUCUUCCCCAUCUUAGUCUGAUGACAGAGGCUGAACUACAAACCCAAAUUCUGCAAAAAAAUAAAUUAAAUAAAUAAUAAAAAAUAAAUAAAUAAAUAAUAAGCCACAAAACUAAAAGGCCUGGCCCCAUCCUGGGAAAGGAAAAACUGCAUGAGACACAGCCUUCUGCCUCCUCUCCUCUCCUGGACUGGCUUCCUCUUUGAGAAAAUGCACAAAACCCUGGGAGAUGACAAGUACCAAGACUGACUCAAGCUGUGUCUUUCAGACCSAGGCUCAUCAGGGAAGCCAUAGGGCUGCCAUCAAGCCUUUUCUGGAUCCAGCCAUCAAGGACUUGUUUGUGGUGUGAUGCACACCCUUGUGAGUGUGCAUAAGAGGUCACCUGCUAGGUCUCUUUUGGAAAAAAAAAAAAUCAAAAAGUGGAGGGCACCACUCCAGAGGGCAGAGGUUUCUCCCAAGGUCUGAGCUCGUUGCCUGCAUCCUGUUUUCUUUGACCAUUCCUUUGAUGGUAAGAUCAUCAGCUGGGGUCUGAAGAAGACCUGGAAGGUACUUACUGACUCUGUCUUUUUUAGCAAGCAUCUCUUUUUUCAGCAGUUUCAGCAGUGCUGGCUUGGACAACUGAAAAAGCACAUCCACGUCCUGCAUCCUGGGGGCUGCUGAGCCACCCACUGUAGAAUGGUAGCUGCUAGAAGACAGGUAUGAGCCAUUCAACACAGACAGAAAGAGCAGCCUGGCUGUCACUACUGGCCUCUGGGGUCUUCAUAUCUUGCCAUCUCAUCCAAGGUUCUAUGAAAGUUACCCAGGGUCCUCAUGUCCUUCCCUAGAGCCUGAGUGGUGUAAGGUGACAGGUCUCUCCACUGUCCCUUACUGGUUAAAAAAAAAAAAUGGUGCUUGAUGAGGGAACCAGACUCUUCCCUGGGACUGACACAUUAUGGCUGCCAGAUGCUUGCAUAGGAAGAGGCGAACUGUGCAUCUUCCGCUGGUGGCCAAGGCAGGGAUGUGGAAGGUUGUGCCUAACACAAGCCUGACACACAGCAAGUACUCAGUAAAAAUAUGUUGCRCUGACUGGUAAGAGCACUGGCCUCCUCCAUGCCAGAGAGCUGAAAGCCAUCACCCAGUGACCACCUCUUCCUUUCAGUCUACAAGAGCUCUCAAGGCUGGGUCAGCCAGCACUCUGCUUUGGAGUGUGGCAGCACAGGAGUGGAGAGACAGGAGAAUGGGCAGAUGUCAGCAAUACUAAGGGCUUCCUCCUGGGAGGGCAUGGGGCUCCACUCAUCGUCUUGUGACUUCCAUCCCUGCUGAGUGGGGAGCAAGGCUCCUUAAGGGAGAGGUCCUUACCUCUGAUCCAGUUAGAGCAAUAAUCACUUUUUAAAUGUAAAAUAAAAAGACAAAU